UACAUGACUCUGCAACAUGAGUGACAGUAAAUGUGAUAGUCAUUUUUACAGUGUUCAAGUCGCAGAUUCCACAUUCACUGUACUAAAACGGUAUCAACAAUUGAAGCCCAUAGGAUCUGGGGCGCAGGGCAUUGUUUGGAGCCAUCAAUGCAGUGCCUUGCCAUUAACUGGCAGGAUGAGGCAAAUCAAUGUCAUUGUCACUCCAUGGAUUAACCAGAAAGGGAUGCUGUGUGAGGGGUUGGGCUGGCCGUCUCUUCCUUGGUGUGUCACCUCAACUAUGUGUCCAGCCUCCACUGCCCCAGGAUGUGCGAAUCGUUAGUCUGAUCCUGAACCUUAGUCUCUUGUAUGGCACCACAGCACUGGGCCAGCUUAAAGUGCUGCAUUUGAUACAGUCCUUGGGAUAAAUGUUGCAGUAAAGAAGCUGAGUCGUCCUUUUCAGAACCAAACUCAUGCAAAAAGAGCUUACAGGGAGCUUGUUCUUUUAAAAUGUGUCAAUCACAAAAAUAUAAUUAGUUUGUUAAAUGUAUUCACACCACAGAAGUCACUGGAAGAAUUUCAAGAUGUGUAUUUGGUUAUGGAACUGAUGGAUGCUAACUUGUGCCAGGUUAUUCAUAUGGAGUUGGAUCAUGAAAGAAUGUCCUACCUUCUCUACCAGAUGUUGUGUGGUAUCAAACAUCUCCAUUCAGCUGGUAUCAUCCACAGAGAUUUGAAACCCAGCAAUAUAGUAGUAAAAUCAGAUUGUACACUCAAAAUCCUUGAUUUUGGACUGGCAAGAACAGCAUGUACUAAUUUUAUGAUGACACCGUACGUAGUAACACGGUAUUACAGAGCACCGGAGGUUAUCCUAGGCAUGGGAUACAAAGAGAAUGUUGAUAUCUGGUCAGUUGGGUGCAUCAUGGGAGAAUUGGUGAAAGGUUGUGUGAUAUUCCAAGGCACUGAUCAUAUUGAUCAAUGGAAUAAAGUUAUUGAACAAUUAGGAACACCAUCAGCAGAUUUUAUGAAGAAACUACAGCCUACUGUGAGGAAUUAUGUAGAAAACAGACCGAAAUAUCCUGGUAUCAAAUUUGAAGAGCUCUUCCCAGAUUGGAUAUUUCCAUCGGAAUCUGACCGUGACAAAUUAAAAACAAGUCAAGCUAGAGAUUUAUUAUCAAAAAUGCUGGUAGUAGACCCAGACAAACGAAUUUCUGUAGAUGAAGCCUUACGUCAUCCAUAUAUCACGGUCUGGUAUGAUCCAGCUGAAGCAGAAGCACCUCCUCCUAAAAUCUAUGAUGCACAACUGGAAGAAAGAGAACAUGCCAUUGAAGAAUGGAAAGAAUUAAUAUACAAAGAAGUAAUGGACUGGGAAGAAAGAAGCAAGAACGGUGUGGUAAAAGAUCAGCCCUCAGAUGCAGCAGUGAAUAGCAGCACCAGUCCUUCCCAGUCAUCAUCUAUCAAUGACAUUUCAUCCAUGUCAACUGAGCAAACAUUGGCUUCAGAUACAGACAGCAGCCUUGAUGCCUUGACAGGACCCCUUGAAGGAUGCCGAUGAUCAACCAGGAUUGCAGACUUAACACUGGGAAAAAAACUCGUUUCCAUUGGCCUGAAUUGCUUGUAAGUUAAUGGAACCAAGUAGAGAAACUCCAUGUUCUGCAUGUUCUACUAAAGUAAUGCCUGUGUUUUUACUCAGUUGUAAUAAGACUCCCUGCUUAAUGUUGUAGAAUGAAAGCAAAUCAAUGUCUAAAGAAGAAAAAAUUACAGUUUAGACACUACUAUAGGCUUUUUUGUUUCAGCCUAUUUCAGGUGAGCAGUUACAGUACAUGUGUACCAGAUAACUCCUCCUGAGUGAGUUCAUGGACCUUCUGUCUCAUUCAGUAGACUUCUGUAACGCACACAUGGUCAUUACAUUUUUGCAUAGAAUUACCCUGUAGUGGGUUUUUUGAAUGUAUAGCGUCCGUAUAAUUUGCUUAAAUAUGACUAUAGAAGUUUGCGCUAUUUAACUCCAAUAUGUUGUAUGUGAGUGUUACCUUACAUAUUGGAAAUUAUCAGUACUGUAUUCAAGGGGCAAUUGUUCUUCCACAUAGCACUUUUUUGUUUUUCUAUUGAGCCCUUUCUCUCCUCACCUCCCAAUAAUUUUGUGUAUCUUCUUGUAGAAGAAACAAACUUGUGAACUUCAUAUAGCAUAGCCAUCAUUUCAUAUUUUACCCAUGAAUGCGACUAUGCUUCUCUGAAUAUCUUCUUUCAGUUGUUUUAGUGGGAGAUAGAAUGGGUUAGCUUGAUGAAGCAACAUGUCUCUUUAAAUAAGGUGAAGUGCUAAAUUAUUUCCUUAUUUUCUGGCUAAUACAUUGUUUUGGUCCUUUUUUUAUCAAUAAAAACGUUUAGAAACUACCCUUUCCCUACUUUUUCUUUCAAGAACAAAAAUUAGUCCUGUGAAGCUUCUCCCUUAGUCACUUCUUGUGUCUAAAUGCAAAAUCUGAUAAAGUGAAGAGGCAAUGAGGAGACUUGAAACCUACGUGACCCCUGGAAUAGUUGCAGAUUUUUUUUUCUAGUUUUGUUUAUGGAACCAUUCUACAAUGUGAACACUUCUAAAUUUUGAUAGGCCUUUUGACUGAUUUGACAAGUGAUUUUCUUAAGUAUUUUUUAUAUCCAUGGAGCUCAGCUCUACUUCCAAAUUAGACAAAAUUCUUUCUUUAUUAAAAAAGCAAUCUGUCUACAUUUUUUAACAAGGUACCACAGGAGAGGGAGGCUGUUUACAGUGAGGCUCUUCUUCAGUUUUAAUAGAAGUUUAUCAACGCAGUUUUCAGAUAUAAAUAAUACGGACAUUGCCUCUUCCAUUGCACAAUAUUUUGAAUUAUUAGAAAAUGUGUGUGCAGUAGAAUAGUGCUUAAGUUAUCAAAUACUAUACUGUUGUGCAUUUGCAAACAGAAAAGCAUGUUUGCUUUGGAACACACAAGUGUAAGAAAUGCUUUUACUAAAAGAUCUUAAUGUGUGCACGUGUGUAUGGUUAAACUAUAACUAAAACAGUAAUGAAAAAAUGUCAAAGAUGAGGCAAAACAUUUUGCUUUCAUAGUGACACUAUAUUUAGCUGUUGAUUUAGAUACUGAAGUCUCGAACAUUUAAAGAGAACUUGUACAACUUUCUCGUUGAACCAGCAAUUAUAUUACUGACCUGAAUUGUUCAGUAUGCUGUUUGGAAAAGGAAAAAGAAUUGCCCAUGAUUUUGCAUGCUCUUGGUUAUGAUCUGAAAGGUAGAAGUUUUUCUAUUAAUGCUGUGUGUACCCAUAAAUGUUUUAAAAUAAAUUCAAAGCUACAGCAAAUUAAAAUAUCAGAACAGAAAAAUUUGACAAGAAAAUUGGACAGAAGUAUCUCAGUGAUAUAAGCUGUAGGAAAAAGAUAAGGAGUACUUGUGGCACCUUAGAGACUAAUAAAUUUAUUUGAGCAUAAGCUUUCGUGAGCUAAAGCUCACUUCAUCAGAUGCAUCCGAUGAAGUGAGCUGUAGCUCACGAAAGCUUAUUCUCAAAUAAAUUUGUUAGUCUCUAAGGUGCCACAAGUACUCCUUUUCUUUUUGCGGAUACAGACUAACACAGCUGCUGCUCUGAAAGCUGUAGGAAGUAAGUCUUUAGAGUUCACAUCUAGCAUCUUCAUUUUGAUAUUUUUUUCACAAGUACUGUUUUUUAGUUUUGUGUUUUUUGUUUUAAUUCAAAAACUACAGGUAUAUUAUUUAUCAUGUGUUUCUGGUGAUAUGUGCAAAAUUUGUCUGGCUUAUUUUGUCAUUAGAGCAAACCUUUGAUCAAAAUGCUUAUUGUGUUCUUACACAAUAGAAUUGCGCAUACUCUUUAUCUCUGUGUGUUUUGAGGUGUUAAUAUUCAAAGACACCUAGCAUAUAGAAUAAGCUCUGGUGAUCUUAAACUAUCUUGUGCUUAGUUUCCACCCUAUUCACUUCAGGGGGAAAAAAAAUUGAAAUCUCGCUUUUCUGGUGUGUUGAUCCAAAAACUGCUGUUUUGUUCUAGAGAUAGCUUAGCUUCACUUCACUGAUUGCAUGCAAGACUUUCAAAAGUGACUAGUGAUUUUUGGGUGCCUAAUUUGAGGUACCUUUUCAGGAGCCUUAUUUUCAAAGGAUGGAGGCUCAGGACUUUGAGAAUCAGACUGCUUUAAGGUAUCUCAAGUUAAAUACCCAGAAUCACUAGUUAUUUUUGAAAAUCUUGGCUUUAAUGUUUUCAAAGAACUUUGAAAUAAUAAGAUGAAAUGUGCAAAAUGAUGCAACCUACCAUCAAGGUUCCCUAACAGUUUCCCACUGUACCUGAGGUAUAAAGGGCUGAAAUCUCUAUAGGAAUUUAUUGCAUGUCACAGUACUGCUGCAGAGCAAAUACAGUUAAGCUACCUUAGUAAUAAAAUAAAUGAUUUAUUAAUAAGUUUUUGUCUGCCAGUCUUGGUCUGAUCUUGUUUGUAAAAGUUCUUCUUGGAUAUUUUGAGAUCCAUGAUUAACUUCUGGGACCGACCUGCUGGACUUGUCAUUUUUCAAGAUUAUACAAUAUCUUUGUUUAGCUUUCCAUCCUCUUUAAGUAAAACAUACUAAGCUAAAGUCGUCUUUGUUGCAACUGUUGUCAUUCAGGAGCAACUUACCCCACUACGUUUAGUCUGUUUGGCAUGCCUCACCUGCAUGUGUACAGUGUUCAUCCUGGAUUCCACUCAGCCCCCAUUGGCCUGGAACGGCGAACCGCGGCCAGUGGGAGCCGCAGUUGGCCAAACCUGCAGACGCUGCAGGUAAACAAACAGUCCCAGCCUGCCAGCGGAUUUCCCUGACGGGCUGCGUGCCAAAAGUUGCCAAUCCCUGAUAUAUAUGAAGUGAUACAGUUGACCAGUUUUCUGCACUUAUAAAUAUUUGGUUUUUAAAGUAUGUGUUUGUAUAAGUAAAAACAACCCAAUUGAUUCUAUAAACAUUAAUUUUGACUUUUUGUAUGACAAACUCUAUAUAAGUUAACACUGCUUCACACACACGGACUUACGAAAUGUUUAAAAAUAAGUGAUUAAACUUAGUUACAGUUCUUAUACUUAACUGCUCACUUGAAAGGAGAAGUGAUAAUGGUUAAUAUUCAGAUUAUUAUAUUUAAACAUCACUUUAAUUAUGUAAACACUGAGUAACUGAAUGGCAUUGCAGAAAUGGAGUGUGUUUUAAAAAGUUGAUUUCAUUUCAUUUGUGCUCAUAUCACUUUUCCUCAAAAACGACUAAACUAAGAAAUCAACCAUUUUGAAAGCUGAGUGAGCAGUCUAUACAUUGUGCUUUGAGGAAAUACUUUGAUAUGAAAGAUUUUCAUUUUGUUAGGCUUAAAAAAAAAAAAAAAACCACUAUGUCAAAAUAAGGUUUGUCUGCACAGAUCACAUAAAAUAUACCAGUCUAACCACUGGAAAUACAACAAACUUCAAAGGCUUGCAUCUUAUAUCUGGUAAGGAUUUAAACUUCUUUAUCAAAGAAUACAAGCUAGAUAAGCUCAGACUCAACUAGAAAUUGUUGACUAGUUGGUUGUGAAGAUGUGAAAACCUGUUAGGGACCAGAUUGUUUUGGGGGUGGUGGUGUUUUAAAUCCUAAGAGCAUGUGGGUAUUUAUUCAAAAUUAUGUAAAAAAUAUGAUUCCUUCUUCAAUUUAUUAAUAUUUUCUGAGGGAAAGCUUUUAGAUGGACCUCUGCCUAAUGCUAAAUCAGUUUCCUUUUUGGAUCUGGUUUUACUUGACUCUUGUCAUAAACUUAUGAUUUUAGAAAUAGGAUGGGGUUUAGAACUUCACAAUACAACUUAUAUGUCCAUUGUCCAAGAGUGGAGUGAGUGACCCAUUUCAAUAUGGCAGAAGUGCACUGUACUGAUACGGCAUGCAUUGUAAAUUCCUAGAAAAUUCCUCAGGUGCUCAAGUGCAGACAAAUCUUUACUGAACUUAAUACCAAGUUGGCAGAUAGGUUCAGUUUUGCAGUAAUAUAGUUUGUAUGGGGUGUUUCAUUUGAAUUGUGAAACUUAGAGUGGAAGUACUUUUAAGUGAAGAAACACUGAGCAGCCUUUGUCUGUAAAUGCUACUUUCUAUAUAAAAUUGAUUCUAUCAGGGCUUGAUGCUAAACUUAGUGAUACUGGGUACUUGGAUCCAGAUUCUUUCCUGGGAUGUGCACUGUGUGGCUCCCAUUUUAAGUUAAUGUGUUGUGUGCACUUGCAUCCAAAUGCAGAAUUUGGACUUAAAUUAUGUUCUGAUGGCUGAUUCCCUGAUCUUGCAUCCGAUGAAGUGAGCUGUAGCUCAUGAAAGCUUAUGCUCAAAUAAAUUUGUUAAUCUCUAAGGUGCCACAAGUACUCCUUUUCUUUUUCCCUGAUCUUGGUAGUUUCAUUACUUCUCCAUGAAUGUCCUUAGUUCAUUUGAUAUUGGGGGUAUGGCAGAAGUAAAUGUAUUCUGGUUCAUUAUCUUAUAUAUAUUUUAGAUUGUCCAUCACAUAAGUUAUAGUGAUGUUCUAAAUACGCAUUAUUACACAAAUCUAUCAAAUCAAACUUAUUCGUAUGCCCACUUAUGCAUGCUGAAAAUCUCUUGAGCUACAUGAUGUUAAUAUGUUUUAAGUAAGCAAUCUUUUCUCUUAAUAUUUGUAUUAGAGGUAAGUGGAGAGGCAACCAACCUUUGUAUUUGUUUUCUCUAAAAUGACAAUAUUUAUUUUUGUAAUUAUAAUUCUGCUUGUGGAUUUCAAUCCCACAAACUUGCUGUGUUGAUGUGUAAUCAGAACAUACAUAUUUUUAAAAAAUCAAAUACAAAAUCAAAACAGAAGAUUCUCUUUUGGGCUCUGUUACUGAAUAUAUGGUAAAUUAGUUUGGUCCCAAAAUUAAAAAGCAGAUAUUGAAGAUGUAUUUAAGAUUUUACUCUGUCGUGCUGCUGCUUAAUUUUUGAAAAGGUGCUUGCAGUUUUGCACAACAAAAAACAGUUUUAAUUGCAGUGUUGAAGCACUUUAGGAUUCUUCUAAACACCAUCUUCACCUUCUGUUUUUAUAUUGUUUUGCCUGUUAAAACUGUUUGUGUUGCAAAUCUUGAUGUUCCUCUUUGUGAUCCUGUAAUUAAGGUUGAAUCAGCAUUGUAUUUUAAACAUAAACCUAUUUUCAGAGAUUUAAAAAUUUGGGUUUACUUUUUUUUAAUAGGCUAAAACUUAAUGCACUGUAAAAUGUCAGUUAGGAAGCAUCAUUUCCCAAUUCUAAAAUGGUUUGAUUAGCAUCAUGGUUGCCUGGCCACUGUUUAUAUAGCUAUUAUAGUUUCUUGAUUCUAAUAGCAGGAUCAGCUAAGAACAUUAGGUCCUUUAUUGAAACCAGAGUCUAUUAAUGCAUGCUGUGCUUCAGAGGAGGGUUGUUGUUUUAUGGUAAUGUCCAUACACCCUAAUCAGGAUCAAGGCUUUAUUGUGGUAGGUGCUGCACAAACACACACGCGUGCGUAGUCUCUGCUCCAAAGAAAUUGUUCUGAGGGCACUGAUCCUUCCAGUGGGGAACGGGGCUUAGACUAUCAUCAGCCAGGAACAAUAAUCAGCUAGUACCUUAUUUUUUGUUCUCACAUGGCCUGCUAAAGACAUACUAGCUGAAACAUUGAUGGUAAUAUUUGUUGCUCUCCAUAUUUAUGAAAGUGAAGCUAAAAUUAUAGCGCUUUAUAAUAGCACACUGCACUUGCUCACGGCUGUCUUCGAAGGAAAAAAAUGGUAACUUCAAGGUCAUAUGUAUGCAAUAUUUUUGUGAAUUUCAGAUGCUUGAUUGGUGCUAAUUUUUUAAAUGAAAUUGGUGGAUUAGCAAUGUGGUUGUCACUUUUGAGAGAGAGAGAUAUAUAUAUAGAUAUAUAUAUAUUUUCAAAUGGCUGGCAUCUUAAACUAUAAACUGGCUAAUGUGCAUUUCCAACUUUUUCAAAUAAAGUUCAGAAAAAUUCUUAAAGUAGUUUACAUUUCCAUGAUAGGUUAAUGCCUUUUUGGAGCCAUUAGUUUAUCGGAUGAAUAAAAAACUUAAAAACAAAACUCUAUCAAUACAUAACUCUUUUUCAAAACGCCAAAAUUGUAUUACGUACUGAUAGAUCCAGAAGCGCUGUUCUAGUCUUUCAUGUAAGAGAUGUGCUUAAAUAGAGACAAAUAAACACAAGGUUACUAUAAUGUGAUUUGUCCAGUACAAUGAUGCCUUUCCGGUCUAUAGAUUAAAUUACAAGGAUUUUACUAGUUUCCAUCUGAGUUUUUAAGCAAAAAAGAAAUGGAUAUCAAAUGCAAGUACAUUACAGUGAUUUAACAGCUUUUAAUACAAACUGUCAAGUCCAGGAAAUUCAGUCUACAGCGUGACUGAAUAAGUUGAAGAUGAAAUAUCAGCCUUAACAGAAUUUCCUGGAUUUUCCUGAUUUCAGUCACGAGCAUAAUGUGUUUAUAUUUAUGAAAUGGUUUGUGUUUGCUUAGUUUUAGCGGUGUAAUUUUUAUGAAAAUGUUCUGUAUAAGGUGUUUAUGAUGUGGAUGUUUAACAUUUGCCUAAUCAUAUUUUGAAACUUCUGUUCUCUAAGAAUUUUUUCAAAAGUCUUCAUUUGUGUUCACUCCCACCAAAAUGUGUGUUAUAGGUCCUUCCUAUGGGUUUACCAAUUAUCACGAAAAAUAGCAUCAAGCCCUAACAUAUAUCUUGUUCAGAGUUUAUGGCUUUUAUUUUAGUUACAGUAUGGUAUGUGAUUUCAGAAGAGAUGUGCUUUCAAGUCUAACUGUAUCGAUACAUAAAGUGGCCUAUUCUGCCUAAUAAACUUGGCUUUGAUUGCCAUAUCUCAUUCUUGAUGCUUGUGCAAUAGGGAAAUGUUCUGUGUAAUGGCAGUGGCUAUUUUGUCUCAUGCUGGAUUUUGAUUUCAAGAAAAUUAAAAGGUAUUUUUUAUGGACAGCAGUCAAUCCUUGUUUUCAGACUGAUUUCAAGGAAGCUAGAAUUUUCAUAAGAAAUGUUGUCAAUAGCUAAUGUGCUAGCUAUAGCCUCAUCUAAAUUUUAGAUUCCUAAGUUUUUUUUUCAAAAGUCUUAUUUUAGAACAUUAAUACUAAAACCACUGUAAAAUUUCAAAUAAAUAUGUGAACUUAAA